AUGAAUAACCUACAGGCUGUUAAGUUUUUUGAAGUCAUUAAAACUUAUCAUAAUCAUAUUAAUGAUGAUUUUGAACAACCUCAGUUUGUUAAACCAACACUUAGAGCUUAUCAGAGAAGAGCUGUGAAAUGGAUGGUUGAUAGAGAGAAAAACCACGAUUUUGUAAAAUGUGAUGGGUCUCUGUUUAGUGGAGGCAUUUUAGCUGAUGAGAUGGGUCUAGGAAAAACUGUUGAAAUGUUAUGUUGCAUCAUGGAAAAUACAGCACCCCCUGAAUUUUAUAACCAAAAAGUUGUGAUUAAAGACUGUAUAAGAAAACCAUUUAGUCAAAUCCCAUCUAGACCAUCAACUAGCAAAUAUAUAGAAUACACCAACGAUAUAGAUCUUGAAGUAAAAUCAAAAAGUACUUCACUCAGUAUGCAAGAAAGUUGGUAUAAGAAUAUACCAAAUGAAAUGAGUACAGUUCCAAAGAAAAUUAUUGAUGAAGAUACUCAUAUUGUUGCAUGUUUUUGCAAGACAACACCACCUAAAAGUAUCUUAUUGUAUUGUGCAAUGUGUGGUAAAGGCCAGCAUGCACAGUGUGUACAUUUUGAACCAAAACCAUUUCAAGAAGUGCCAUACUUGUGUUCUAAUUGUUGGAUUGUAAAUGAUAAAGUGCAGUGCAAGACUACUUUGAUUGUUGUACCACAGUCUAUUUUAAACCAGUGGAUUGACGAGAUAGAAAAACAUAUCACAAACCCUGGUUUAAAAGUUUAUGUUUACAAUGGCCUGCAUCUUGAUGGUUAUAUUCAACCCUUUUCAUUCGGUGACUAUGAUAUAGUUAUAACAUCGUAUACUACCCUCUCAAGAGAUUUAAAGUAUGUCGCCGAUUUUAAUGUGGAUAAUCAAAAUUGUACCCAUUUGCGACAUUCAAAAAGAUACAAUUAUCCUCAGUCACCAUUGCCUUGCAUUAAAUGGUGGCGAAUAUGUUUGGAUGAAAGUCAAGCAAUUGAGAGUGCGAGUAGCAAAGUAUGUGAUAAUAUGACAUUUAAAUUACAAUCUGUGCAUAAGUGGGCUAUGACUGGUACACCAAUACAAAAAUCACUAAACGAUCUUUAUGGUAUUUUAAAGUUCCUAGAAGUAAGUCCUUACUGCCAUCGUAAACAGUUUCUACAGCUAAUGAAGGGGGACGAAACUAUUAUGUAUAAUUUUUUUUCAAAAUUGAUAUGGCGUAGUUCAAUAGAGGAUGUCAGUUCAGAAUUAAACAUACCAAAACUAACUCAUGAACAGCAUUGGCUAACAUUUUCCCCGAUUGAAAAAUACUUUUACCGAAGCCAGCAUGAUGAUUGUGCUACAAAUUUUUCUAAUUGUGUAACCAGGUUGUUUCCAUCCUUGGAUAUAUCAGUAAAGAAUAUUGACAGGAAAAGUAUAUAUACUAUCAUUGAACCAUUAUAUAAGCUUCGACAAGCUUGUGUGCACCCUCAAGCUGUGAAUGGACAGUUUUUAAAAACAAAAGGAACAAUGACAAUGGAAAAGUUAAUGGAUGUAAUGAUAAAUGAAUGUCAUUUUGUAUGUAAUAAUUUUUUACGGAAACUUGCUUACGAGCACAGUAUAUAUGCUGGAAUGUCUCUUUAUAUUGGAAAACUAGCCACUGCUGUUGAACAUUUUAGGGCAGUGUUAGGUCUAGAGGAAAAAUAUAAAGAUAAAGAACUAAAAAUCUUUACACAUCAGAAAAUCCAUGUUAUGUAUAACUUGGCCAUUAUACUUGAUGAAAAUACAACCAUAAACCGUGCAUUAAAUGAAUCAGACUUAAAAAGGAAUGUGGAACUACUAGAAAAAGAAUAUCUUGAAGCUAGUAAAAAAAGUUAUACAUCAACUCAUACAUUUCUUAAGUUUUAUUCGAAUAAGAUAGAUAAAAUUAUUGGGAAUAAAACCCUAGGUUAUUCUGAAUGGUGGUCAGAUAUGUUGAACUGGAUUUUUUCACCAACUGACUUUUUAGCUAAAGUAAAAACGGAGUUGGAGGAUUAUCGUAUGCCUGGUGUUCCAAAUAUUGCAAAAAGAUUGAAGUCUGUAAACGAUGUUCAUAAUACUCUUGGUGUUUGGCUUGCUGACCUAGAUACAUCAAGAAUCAACACAAUCUCAAAACUAAAUGCUUUAGAAGACACAUCCGUGAAUGACUUGGUUCAAAGUGCAUUAAUAUGUCAUCUACAUAAAGAAUCAACAAAUUGGAAUUCAAAAAAAAGGCUUUGUUUUUUAUGUGUUGCUGAAAUGCAAUUACAAGCAUAUGAAACAUUGUUGUUUAGUGUUUCUAAUAAACAAAAGAAUAGAUUAAAUGAUAUAACUGAAGUAAAAGAUGAAGUAACCAUGUAUGAAAGAAAUAGUAAAGGCUUUUGGAAGAUAUCUCAAAAAGAAUUUUUACUUCUAAAACUAUUUCAAUAUGGACAAGCCAAAAUUAAAAAUAAAAGCUGUUUGGAAGAUGCUGCUAAACAUAUGAAUGUAUUGGAGUUGGUACGUACAGAAUUCCGUUACUUACGGCUUCUAUGGACUCAUUUCAGUGACAGUGUUGAUGAAUAUGAGAUGAUAAUUAGGGCAAAAAAUGUAAUGAGAGUUAAAAUUGAUAUUACAACAGCGUCUAACGAAGAUGGUCCACUUAAAAAAAAGUCUAAAAGAGAAGAUGAAGUUGAUGUUAUUAUUACGGAACAGAUUGUUAGUUAUUUAAAAAAAUGUUGGAACCCUUAUUUAUCUAAAAAAUUUAAAAAAAAAAAAGAAAACUCUACUGAAGUUGAUAUAUGUCCUAUUUGUUGUCUGAAUGGUGAUGCCGGGUGGGCAGUUUUACAAUGUGGCCAUAGUGUGUGUAAUCAGUGUUUAGAAACCAUGUUUAAUCAUUCAGUUGCCUUUGAGAUAGAUUGUCCUAUGUGUAGGAACACAACCCCAAUGGAUUCUAUAUCCUAUGUAAAAAAUAACCGAGAAGGUGAUGGGCCAAACAUAGUAAUCAAAGGCUCAUUUUCUACUAAAAUAGAAAGUGUCACUUUAAAACUAAUGGAAUUGAUUACUCAGGAUCCAAAUGUGAAAGUUUUAAUAUUUUCAAAUUGGGAUAAAGCAUUAAAUAUUCUAGGAGAAGCUUUAGAUCAAAAUUCAAUAAGUUAUAGGAUACUAAAAACAGGAACUAAGUAUAAAAAAACACUAAAAGAUUUUAAGUCAGAUAAGAAAAUAAAUGCAUUAUUAAUGAAACUGAGCGAGGGUUCUAAGGGAUUGAAUUUAACUGAAGCAACGAGAAUAUUUUUCAUGGAGCCAAUAAUUAACAAAGCAGAUGAGCAUCAAGCCAUUGGGAGAAUUCAUAGAAUAGCACAAACCAAACCUACAUUUGUACAUAAUUUUAUUAUUCGAGAUUCUAUUGAGGAAAACAUCACAAAUUUAUUCUCCGGUGACAUGUUCGAUAGAUGGGAUGAUAUAACACUAUCUCAACUAAUAAGAGUAUUUGAAAGAAAUUAA